AUGAAUCCCGCUAACGAAACCAGAGCCGGCAGAAGUACAGAACAUUAUAUUUUCACACUCGGCACCUACAAACUUCUCGCUUUUACCAUUGGGACCAUCGGAGUGUGCGGCUUUUGCAAUAACGUUGUUGUCAUUAUACUCUACUGUCGGUUCAAGAGACUCCGGACGCCUACAAAUUUGUUGCUGGUCAACAUAAGUUUGAGCGAUUUUCUGGUUUCUGUCAUCGGGAUAAACUUUACCUUUGCGUCGUGCGUCAAAGGCGGAUGGAUUUGGAGCCAGGCGACGUGCGUCUGGGACGGCUUCAGCAACAGCUUAUUUGGUAUCGUUUCCAUCAUGACUCUGGCUGCCCUGGCUUAUGAGCGCUAUAUCCGGGUGGUCCAUGCCCAGGUGGUGGACUUCCCCUGGGCGUGGCGGGCCAUUGCCCACAUCUGGCUCUACUCCCUGGCCUGGACAGGAGCUCCUCUGCUCGGGUGGAACCGCUACACUCUAGAGAUCCACAGGCUGGGCUGCUCUCUGGACUGGACCUCUAAGGACCCAAACGAUGCCGCCUUCAUCCUCUUCUUCCUCCUGGCAUGUUUCUUUGUGCCUGUUGGUAUCAUGAUCUACUGCUAUGGGAACAUCCUGUACACAGUGCAGAGGCUGCGCUCUCUCCAAGACCUCCAAACGGUUCAAAUCAUCAAGAUUUUGCGUUACGAGAAGAAAGUGGCUGUGAUGUUUCUCCUGAUGAUAUCCUGCUUCCUGGUGUGUUGGACGCCCUACGCUGUUGUGUCCAUGAUGGAGGCCUUUGGCAGGAAGAGCAUGGUCUCUCCCACAGUGGCCAUCAUCCCAUCAUUCUUUGCCAAGUCCAGCACGGCAUACAACCCACUCAUCUACGUCUUUAUGAGCAGAAAGUUCCGCCGCUGUUUGCUGCAGCUGCUCUGCUCCCGGAUCUCCUGGCCGCAGCGCGGCCUCAAAGAGCGCCCCCUGGCGCCAAUCGAGCGUCCCGUCCGACCCAUCGUUGUGUCCAGUAUGUGCAGCAGCAGCAAGGACCGACCCAAAAAAAGGGUCACCUUCAAUUCCUCCUCAAUCGUCUUCAUCAUCACCAGUGAUGACUUCCAGCACCUGGAUGUAACCUCCAAGGCUGGAAACUCCACGCAGUUCAACAUUAUCCAAGUGAGGCCACUGUGAGCCGUAAACAACAGACUUCU